AUGCGACCAGCUCGAGAUCGCGCAGCAGGUGCCAGGGGCCUGCUGCUGCCCGCAGACUCAGCGCCCAGCACUCCGGCCAGCCUGCCUUUCCCGCCAGCCCGGCCGGCCAUCCGGCCCCCCGGCAUCCCUCCGACGGAGUCCUCGGGCCUCUUCCCCGUGGCCGCCCCAGCAGCCCCGGGCGCGCCGUCUCCUCCUGCCACCCUGGCGCACCUCCUGCCCGCCCCGACGAUGUACAGCCUUCUGGAGAGCGAGCUCAAGAGCCCCGUGGGCCCCCCAACCCCGGCGGCUGGCAGCGGCGGCCAGGCGGCCCCGGGAGGCGCAGGCAAGAGCGGCGGGAACGUCGGCGGAGGGGGCGGCGGUAGCACGGGCGGCGGCGGGGGCGCGAACGCGGGAGGAGGGGGUGCCUCCGCAGGCGGCGGCGGCGACCAGGACCGCGUCAAGCGGCCCAUGAACGCCUUCAUGGUGUGGUCCCGAGGGCAGAGGCGCAAGAUGGCCCUGGAGAACCCCAAGAUGCACAACUCGGAGAUCAGCAAGCGCCUGGGAGCCGACUGGAAGCUGCUGACCGACGCCGAGAAGCGGCCGUUCAUCGACGAAGCCAAACGGCUGCGCGCCGUGCACAUGAAAGAGUACCCGGACUACAAGUACAGGCCGCGCCGCAAGACCAAGACGCUGCUCAAGAAGGACAAGUAUUCGCUCCCCGGCGGCCUGCUGCCUCCCGGGGCCGCCGCAGCCGCCGCCGCCGCCGCGGCCGCCGCGGCAGCCAGCAGCCCGGUGGGCGUGGGCCAGCGCCUGGACACGUACACGCACGUCAACGGCUGGCCCAACGGCGCGUACUCGCUGGUGCAGGAGCAGCUGGGCUACGCGCAGCCCCCCAGCAUGGGCAGCCCGCCGCCGCCGCCCGCGCUGCCGCAGAUGCACCGCUACGACAUGGCCGGCCUGCAGUACGGCCCCAUGAUGCCGCCAGGCGCGCAAAGCUACAUGAACGCCGCCGCCGCCGCCGCCGCCGCCGCCGCGUCGGGCUAUGGAAGCAUGGCGCCCGCCGCCGCAGCAGCCGCCGCCGCCUACGGCCAGCAGCCCUCCUCGGCCGCCGCCAUGAGCCUGGGCCCCAUGGGAGCCGUGGUCAAGACGGAGCCCAGCUCGCCGCCGCCCGCCAUCGCGUCGCACUCUCAGCGCGCCUGCCUGGGCGACCUGCGCGACAUGAUCAGCAUGUACCUGCCGCCCGGCGGGGACGCGGCCGACGCCGCCUCGCCGCUGCCCGGGGGCCGCCUGCACGGCGUGCACCAGCACUACCAGGGCGCGGGGACUGCCGUCAACGGCACGGUGCCUCUCACCCACAUCUGAGCUCCGCGCCCGCGGCCCCAGCCCUGGCCUCCGCCUCGGGACGCCUUGCCGUUGUUGUCGCCGGCUUUUCUUUCUUUCCUUCUUUUUAUUUUCUUCUUCUUUUUUCUCUUUUCUGUAAUGAGUAUUUCUGCUUUUGCUUUUAGCUUCGCUUGCCUGGGACUGCGACUUUGCCAAAAGAAGGACAGAGUGUGCAAGGUUGGGGCGGGGGGGAGAAGUUGCGCUGGAGCUGUCCGGUUUGAGACCGAACUGGUUCUCCCCUUUCCAAGAGAGCGCCAGGAAGAGACUCGGAGGAGCGGAAAUGGGACUUUGUAGAGGUCUCCUGGCCCUCCUUCUACAUCCCCCCAAGUCGACUCCCCCCACCCACCCUUCAUUUAUAGGCUGGAAGUCGCUAUGCCCUUUGCGGAGAAAAGAAGCAGCAUACCCCCCACCAGUCCGCCCUCUACCCGCCCCCA